UCAGUUGAAGUCAAAAUGAAAUUCGCUUGUGCAACGGUACUCCUGUUGGCCGCCGUGAUCGGCGCCAACGCCGACGUGGACUGGAAGUCCGUCAAGUCUAUGGACAUUGAGGUUAAAGUGCCCACGAUUCGUCGCUUUGGUAUUCCCGAUGGUCGCAUUACCAAUGGUAAACAUGCUGAGCCCGGUCAGUUCCCAUACCAGGCGGGUCUAUUGCUCUACGUUAACGGUGGUGCUGCCUGGUGCGGUGGCUCCUUGAUCAGCGAUCGUUGGAUUGUUACCGCCGCUCACUGCACUGACUCUCUGACCACCGGUGUGGAUGUCUAUUUGGGUGCCUGGAAUCGCGCAGACAAAGAGGAGAAGGGACAACAGAUCAUUUUUGUUGAGAGAGAUAACGUGAUUGUCCACGAGAAUUGGGAGCCAACAACCCUGCGCAAUGAUAUCUCACUGAUCAAACUGCCCGUUCCCAUUGAGCUCAACGAGCGCAUUCAGCCCGUCAAGCUUCCCGCCAAGUCAAGCAACCCCAACACAUAUGCCGGUCAGCAGGCUGUUGCUUCCGGCUGGGGCAAGACCAGCGACGCCGCCACCGCUGUUACCGACAUUCUGGAGUUCAUUGGAGUGCCCGUCAUGAACAAUCCGGGCUGCGCUCCCUGGUUCGGAGGUUCGGAGAUUAUUACGGAUAGCCACGUCUGUAUCAAGACCACCGGCGGCACAUCGACUUGCAACGGCGACUCUGGCGGUCCAUUGGUGUCAGCAGAGACCGGGGAAUUGAUUGGUGCCACAUCCUUUGGCAUUGCUCUUGGCUGCGAGAAGGGCUGGCCAGGUGUAUUCACCCGCAUCACCUCCUUCCUGGACUGGAUCGAGGAACACAGUGGUGUGACCAACAAGGGUUACUAAACGUUGUCAACAAAUCUUUGCUUAACUUAAAAUAAAAGUUUAUUCUCUUGCUGAAA